CGAGCCCGGGACGCGGCCGCUGCGAGCGGGGCCCGGCCAGGCGGCGGCGGCGGCUGCGGCAGGACCGUGCGGCCGCCGCCAUGUCGCGCUGCGGAGAGGAGGUCGUAAGUGAGGAGAGUGAGGAGGAAAGCAAUGGUGUCAACUUGAUGGAGUUCUCAGAUGAGAUCCUUCUGCACAUCCUCAGCUAUGUCCCUUGCACAGACCUGGUCCUCAAUGUCAGGAGAACCUGCAGGAAACUUGCAACACUUUGCCUUGACAAGAGUCUAACACAUACAGUCCUGCUUCAGAAGGAUUAUAAGGUGAACAAAGACAAAGUGAAGCAGCUGAUGAGGGACAUUGGAAGGGAGAUCUACCAGCUGAACAUGGCCGGGUGCUACUGGCUGCCCAGCUCCACCAUCGACCACGUAACAUGGUGCAAGAACCUGGUGAAGCUGAAUCUGUCGGGGUGCCACGUCACCUCGCUGCGGCUCUCCAAGAUGCUCUCCUCGCUGCAGCACCUGCGCUCCCUGGCCAUCGACGUGAACCCGGGCUUUGAUGCCAGCCAGCUGAGCAGUGAGUGCAAAGCCACCCUCAGCCGCGUCUCAGAGCUGAAGCAAACCCUCUACACACCCUCCUACGGGGUGGUGCCGUGCUGCACCAGCCUUGAGAAACUGCUGCUCUACUUUGAGAUCCUCGAUCGCUCGCGGGAGGGGUUCAUGCUCUCUGGGCAGCUGAUGGUGGGCGAGAGCAACGUGCCCCAUUACCAGAACCUGCGCAUCUUCUACGCCAGGCUGGCUCCUGGCUAUGUCAAUCAGGAGGUGGUGAGGCUGUACUUGGCAGUGCUGAGUGAUCGGACGCCUGAGAACCUCCACGCCUUCCUCAUCUCUGCCCCCGGCAGCUUUGCAGAGACGGGAGCCACCAAAAACCUCCUGGACUCCAUGGCCCGAAAUGUUCGUCUGGAUGCUUUACAACUGCCCAAAGCCUGGAUUAACGGCUCUGGGCUCCUGCAACACUUGAAGUUCAACAACCCUUUCUACUUCAGCUUUAGCCGAUGCACCUUAUCUGGUGGGCACCUGAUCCAGAGGGUCAUUAAUGGUGGGAAGGAUCUUAAAAGCCUGACCAGUUUGAACCUCAGUGGCUGCGUUCACUGCCUGGCCCCGGAGUCCUUGUUUCGGAAAGCAGAAGAUGACAUCGACAGCAGCAUUUUGGAAAGCCUGGUAGUGUCUUGCUGCAACCUGAGACACCUGAACCUCUCUGCAGCUCACCAUCACAGCUCUGAAAGCAUAGGGAACCACCUGUGCCAGCUCCUGUCCAGGCUAAAGCACCUGCUCUCAUUAGCACUACCAGUUUGCUCCAUCACAGAUGUUGGUGCAAGCGUGGAGAAGCCUCCCAGCACACCUAACUUAGUGCCCCAAACAUUUGGAAGGAAAGUUCGGAUUGGGGUACAGACAUAUCCAAGGAACUUGGGGGACCAGACAAAUCAGAAGAUCGAGUCCUCAGUGUUUUGGGCUCUGAUGGGAAGCCUCAGAUUUUUGGAAACCUUGGAGAUAAUUGGGUCCAGUUUCUCCUCUGCCAUGCCCCGCAACGAGCCAGCAAUUCGGAACUCGUUGCCUCCCUGUGUCCGGGCACAGAGCGUGGGGGAUUCAGAGGUGGCUGCCAUUAGCCAAUUGACUUACCUGCAGAGCCUCACCUUAGCACAGCUGCCAAACAUUCUCACGGGUUCUGGGCUCGUCAACAUCGGGCUGCAGUGCCAGCACCUGCGGACUCUUUCCUUGGCCAACCUGGGCAUGAUGGGCAAGGUGGUCUAUAUGUCUGCUCUCAUGGACAUGCUGAAACACUGCAAGUGUUUGAGAGAUCUCAGGCUGGAACAGCCCUACUUCUGUGCGGGCGCCCAGUUCUUCCAGGCACUGAGUCACUGCUCCUCUCUCCAGCGCCUUUGCAUCGUCUCCCGGAGCGGGACUCUGCAGUCUGACGCAGUGAUGUCAUUCAUGGCCAGCUGCCUUGAGGUCAUCAUGUGCCACAUGUUUAUGGGAGAGUCUCUUACCGUUUGCAAAAAUCUCCAGCAGUCCAUUGUCCGGAGGACAAUUUCACUGUCCUGGGGAUCCAAACUCAGAGGAAGAGAAACACAAACCUACCCAGCCUUAUGCCUGUGUCAGUUUCCAGGCAGAGCGCCCUGCAUUAAACGUCGUCAUUUUCCCUCUGCUUCACGAGGACUUGACAGAGGUCAUCAGAGAUGUCCCCAUGAGGCACUUGGAUGAAAUUACCUUGUUUAAAAGCAGAGUGGCUGAGGAACCUCCCAAUUUGUGGUGGUGACUGCCACAGCAUGGAAAGGACAAGUCAGUGUGAACCCAUGGAGCAGCUUCUUGUUGGCCUGGAUUUCCCAUCCUUGACUCCUGGCCACCUCACUGGAUGCUGUACAAUCACUUCAACCAGGUGCAACUGCAAAAUAAAAAAAGCUGGUUCUUUACAGUGGGGAAACAUCUAUUGGAUAUUGCUUGCAUCUGAAAAUCCUGUCUCAAAGGCUUGUGGAAUCUGAUGAGUAUUUCCUUGCGGUUAAUAUGAAUUGUUUUUGUUAUUUUACUGAAGUUAAAGGUAAGAGAAACUGACUUAACAAUGCUCUUUCCCCUGUGUCCCCUGGUGUCUGUCCCAAGGGCCCCUGUGUACGUUGGCAGUGUGCUUUGUGGUUUUGGUGGAAAUCAUUCUUUGCUUCAGUCUGUUUUUGGCAAACUAGAAAGCCUAGGCCAGCUCAGAGGCACAAAAAUGUGUUGCUCAAUUGAAGUGCAUCACAUCUUUUCUGUGUUACAAAUAGGCAUUUGUAGUCACACACGUGCAGUCACAGAUAUUUAAAGAUUUGGGGUUUUUUUUUGACUGAGAAGUACCACAAGGACUCUUUAUUUUUUAAUAACAAAUUAAGGUCAUUAACGCCUUGACCAUGGUGUGUUCCUGCUGGUGCUGUUUCCAUUGGUCUGGUGGAAGAAGUUCUCAGCUCUUCUGGAAAUCCUUGUCCUAGGGUAGAUGGUGCCUACAGUGAAUAAGUUGAGGCUCAGAUCUGAUUUAUAUGCAGUCUGUCUUGCAGUGUAGAUGGGAAUGUAGUGUUCCAGUUCUGUCCUUAUAUCCCAUGCCUUGGGCUCAUGCUAAUUUUAGAGAUGUUAUGAAGUAUUUUCACGGUGUGAUUUCAGUCAGCUUCUCUGCUCCACAGAACUUCCUCAGGCAUCAGUAGUGGUCUGGAUCACUUUCAUAUUGCCUUAUUUACUGAGCACUUUUAAAAGCAUCAGACAGCUGUACCAAAAGCCAAGUUACAAAUUCCUGGAGCUACAAGUCUGGGUGGCAGAAUUUUCCUUGGUAGCAUCCCAGGUCUGUCUUCUGCAAAGCAGCUGCUGACCAGAGCUGUCUGACUUCACCCAAAUCCCGAAUGUGUUGAGCUCUGCUCUUCUGGGGAGGCCCAGAGUCGUCCAAAGAUGAUGUGCCCAUCUCCUUGUCAGCAUUUCCUACUCAAGAUGCCCUCUCCCAAAUGCUCUUCUGCCCUCAGUGUCCAGAGGGAGCCUGGUCUGAUGGGAUAGAUUUGAGAACAAAAUGCAUCUCCCAGCCUUGGAGGACUUUCUGUCCUUGCUUUCCAAUCAGCCACGUGUGAGCCUGCCUGGAAUUGUGUCCCACAGGUGUAAAUCUUGAGCCAGGCUGUGACAACCUUUGUGCUCAGAGAGGUUACAGUAAAGAGCAGGUGAGUGUCAGGCUCUGCUAGCACAGGUCUGUGCUUUGCUGAGACCAACCCUGGUGGUUUGCUGUCUUUCCUGAGGCUCUCAUCCUUCCCCUCUGAGGACAGGGAGCCAGCACAGCCUCUGGAGUGCAGCUGGCAGCAGGAAUGUGAGGCCAGCUCCCCUGGGAAUGCUGCAGCCGAGCUGGGAGUGCUCAGGUUGGAGGCUCUGCCUCAGCUUCACCUCCAUGCAGCUGAGUGUGAGGAGCUGCUGCCCUGCUUCUGCCACUGUUCUCCCUCCCACUCUCCCCCCUGAGGUCGUUCUUUCUACCUCUUCACAUUACUCACCUGUUUGAAUCCCCUUUUUCUCCCUCUCUUCAGCACAUCAGAUGUGCUUUUUGGCAGGAGCACGAGCUGCUGCUCUGCCCAGCUCAGGCCACUUCAGCUCUGCCUGGUUUCUGUCCGUGUUUUUUUCCUGGGAUAACUAGCAGGACUGGGCAGAGGCUGUUUGCAAAGCUGCUUUCUCCUCCUUGUUGGAAGCACUGGCAGAGUUGCUUUGUCCUGCUUGUGCCGCUGGCCUCAGGGCAGAGGGAAGGUGGAGGGUGUGGCAGGAGCUCUCUGGUGCCUUAGGGAACCUGUUCAGUCCUGUGAAGGAAUCCUGAUGUUUGGUUGAGUGAGGCCAUCCCCAGCCUCAGCGGGGAUUUCCCCUGCACAAACAGCUGUGGUGGCAUCAGCAGGGGCCUGGCAGUGCUGCCAGCUCACCUCUUCCUGUUCCUCUGGAAAAGCUGGGCUGGGGGACAGUGCUGUGCAGAAAGCAGCUGCUGCUCGAUUCUGGGGGGAAACCUCUGCUCCUGGGCUUGCAAUCACCUGAUGGAACGUGCUGUGCACUUGGCUUGGCACAUCCAUAUCCACCUGCCUGCUGUGCUGCUGGAUGGGAGCAGCAGCCAGGGAUGUCUGAUAGUGCUGUUGUUCUCUUGCCAGGGCUAUGAUGUUUGGGCAUCUGUACUCGUGCAAGUGGGUCACAAGUCCUGAUGAUGCUGCCAGUUAUAAGCAGGGCUAGGAAAGGUCACCCACAGGUGAUGAAGGUAGCAUCCCAAAUAGUAAUAAAGAGCUAAAAUCUCCUUCUACCCCCAGCUCCCCAACUCCGGGCCAGUGCUUGAUAUCUCUACUACAAAUCCUCUUACGGAGAGUGAGAAUUUCCGCUGCUUUUGCACUCCAGGCAGGAUUCACCAGAUGUUAAUAAUGUGCUUAUUUUCUCUAAGUGCUAUUUUGGCAUCGGUGUUAAUUACAAUUUAUAUUCUGCAACAUUUACACUGGGAAAAGAACCCACCCUAAUAGUACCCAAUUGGCAGAGCUGGGCUAUUAAACACAGCUCCAUAUGUUCUGAGCAGAGCAGUGCCUGGGACUCAGAGCCCACUCAGCACUCAGGCAGGCAGCUGCAGGGGAAGAGAGGGGAGCAGAGAGAGGGCUUUUCUGCUCCUGGAUUUUAUUUAAUAUGAAAUCCCCCCCUGCUUUUCUCUGUCCCCAUCUCUCCAGAAAUCUCCCUCCUGCUAUCUUAAGGAGGUGAUCUCUGAGCCUGCUGAUGCUGCUGUCCAUAGGCUGAAACAAAUGAAUUCAAUUCCAGAAGGUGCCCUUCUCACAGGGAGUGCCUCUGCAGGAUCCCAGUCCCUGGUGGCUUUUCCUUGCUGCUUUCCAAAGCAGACCUCCACUCUUUGGGCACUGCAGCAGAAAUCUUUGCUUUGACCACCCCCAAAGUGUCCAUGGUUCUGUGGGAGAAGGAUGUUCUGGGGCAGUUCUGUUCUUGUGGAAAGCUCGGUGUAGAUUGCUGCUCUGCUCAUGUCCAAAGUCUUGUUUGGCAAAGUGGCAUUUGGUUCCUGAAACUGGCAGGGUCUGGAGUGACCCUGGUGUGGGGAAUUCAGAGGGGCUAAGUCAUUCUGUGGGUUUUUUGGGAGUGUAGGUUAAAGGAUUGCUUCCUCAGCUGUUUGCAAAGCUGAUUUCAUGGUCUCUUUAGGAAAUGGUAGUGUAUGCACUGCUCUGUUAGGAGAAGGGGCUGUGUGGUGACAGCCUCUCCCUUCAUGAGAGCUCUGACUGUGGUCACUGCUCUGUCAGGGAGAAGAUGGGAGUGCGAGGAGGCAGGGCAGGAUGGAGUCAUGGAUCUCCCUCUGGAAGCCAGACACACAUCCUGAGCUUGGGCUGUUUGCUCACCUGUGGAAGGACAGGAGGCUCCCCAGGUGCUGAACCCUCCCCUCCAGGUGAGGUGUUGCUCACAGGGUAGCAGAGGGCAGGCCUGGGGCUGGGGUGCACAGAGCCACAGCCCCCCUCACUGGGGCUGAGUUCCCAUCACUGCCUCCUCCUCUGCAGGACCUGUCCCCUCACAGGGAUGUUCAGAACUGUGGGACAAUGGGCAGGUGUGUGGGACCAUCCCUGUGAGGUGCUGGGUAGUGCUGGUUUAGGAUAGGGCUGUAGAAAUUUGGGGCUUUCCCCCUGGUGGAGUGAACCAGUGCAGAAGGGUUGUUUCACCUGUCUAAGGGGGAUGCAAUUUCCUCUUGGCUGGUCUCAGCAGAGUGUCCAAAGCUGGGAGAGCAGUGCAGGAGCUGUGCUGGGUGCUGCAGAGCCCAAUCUCCUUCCACUGCAGCUCUCCUGCCUCUUUGAGAUGCACAGGCAGCCAGGGUACUCCAGCAGGAGAAUCAUUUCCAUAGAAACCAAUUGGGAUGUUGUACAGGGAAUAAUGAUUAAUAGUGAAGGGAUGUUGCCUCAGGCCCUUUUCAUUUUUUAGGGGGCAGUGAGGGACAAACUGGGGCACAGGUAGGGGGACAGGGAGACUUGAAAACUAAUGGAAACCAUCUCUUCCAUUAAUUUCCAGGGCAGCUUCCCCUCUUCUCCUCCUACCCAGCCCCCCACUGCUGCUCCCAGCUUUCGUCAAAUUUUCAAAAUGGCUAACCUGGUUAGAAAUAAUCAUAAUAAUAAAAAAGGAUGGAUGAGGUCUGACUACUAACAUUGUUGCUGUUAGCAGCAGGAUUUCAGCCAUAAAACAUGAAGCAAGGGAGGCAUUGACCUUUCCGCUGUUUGAAAUGAAUGGAGACAUCAAUAUCUAUUGUUUUGUGGCAUUGACCUCUGACGCUCUCAGCUCGCCCUCCCCUUUCUUUUUUUUUAAUUUCCCCCUGACACUGGAGGAAAGGGGUCAGUCUGUACCAUCUAUUGAUCCCCAUCUUACUUGGUGAUAGGGAAAUAAUUAGAAUUUUAAAGAUCUCUGCUGCACGCUGGUGAAAUACACACACAGAGGCACAGGCUAAGCCCCCGCUUGCCAUGUUGUGUUCUCCCCCCUUCCUUGCAGAGAUCCAAAGCUCUGAGAUCUGAAGGAAGGCAGAUCAAUAUAGGUUUAAUCAUGAUGGGGGUUUUAUUUCAGUUUUUUAAAUAGUAAAGUGUAACAUUUUAUGUUAAUGUUGUCGGAGCCUGGCUGCCUGGUGCCUUGUUUUAUUUAUUCUUUUAAGUAGCCCCUUCUUUUGUGAACUUCAUCUAUGUACAGAGAAUGUGAAAUCAGGCAUUGCUAAUUAGCUGUAUGACAAUUAAGUAAUGUAGCACAAAACCAUUAGGACACUGGAUUUGUUUUUGAAGUUUGUCCUUUGAAGUGGAAGCUGCAACUCCCUGCCCAAGGCUGCUGGGGAAAAUGUUUUUCUAUCAAAACUUUCUUUGAAAAUAAAAUGUCAGUGUAAGAGUCCCUAUUUCUGUCAUCUCUCCCUCUAAACAGCGGGUGGAAAUUGUUUCUCCUUGUAAAAACUGCUGGCAUUGAUAGAAAGGGGAAUUCAGGAAAGCAUUAAAUGGGCAGUUGGUCUCCAAACACCCUCAGUUCUGGUAGAGAUAUUACCAAAAAUUCUUCUUUAGCUCCUUGAAAGGGAACGGUGCCACGCUAGGAGAGAAGACCCAGCUCCCAGCUCUGGAGAUGGCAAAGGGAGGUGGUCCUAAAACUGGGGGUUCAUCUCUGACACCCCAGGUGCCACCAGGGUGAGAGCCUGGUCACAGAUCCCUGCAGGCUCCUGGGCUCGGGCUCCUCCAUCGCGCGCUCGUUUGACACUUGUGUUUGCAUCUGGCCCUUUGUCCUCGUGGUGAGUCCAGUUCUGAAUGUGCAACUUUCAUGUACGCUGGUGGCAUGUAAAACUUCAAAUAAAGAGUGGAACAUUUGGAACCA